AUGGCCCUGUGGGAAUACGUCCUUAAUUGGUUACGCAGUCUAUUCUUCCAGCAGGAGAUGGAGCUCUCGCUCAUCGGCCUUCAAAACGCCGGCAAGACGUCUCUUGUUAACGUCAUCGCUACUGGCGGUUUCAAUGAAGACAUGAUCCCAACGGUGGGCUUUAACAUGCGCAAGGUGACGAAAGGGAAUGUGAGCAUAAAGCUGUGGGAUCUGGGCGGGCAACCGAGAUUCCGGAGCAUGUGGGAGAGAUACUGCCGAGGCGUGUCAGCCAUCGUCUAUGUGGUGGAUGCAUCAGACCAUGACAACAUUCCAGUGUCACGCAGAGAGUUGCAUGAGCUGCUCAGCAAACCGUCUCUUGCUGGAAUCCCGCUGCUGCUGCUGGGGAACAAGUGCGACAAGGCAGAAGCCGUUUCACGGGAUGCCCUCAUUGAAGCAAUGGGAUUGAACCAGGCAUCUCUUUCGUUGUCCAACCCCCCGCCCACCAUGGCUUCCCUUUCUUUCGCCGCCUCCGUCGCCACGUGCCCUGCAGCGGUCGCUUCCCCGUCAACCGCGCCGGUUUCCUCGCGGCGACUAAACUUCGAGUCGGCGCACCACGUGAACAAGAAGGCGACGGGCCGCCACGUGGCGACGCGGCCGAAGAAGCACGCGGUGUGGGACAGGAAGCGCGGCGGAACCAAGGACUACGGGCCGCUGCCCGAGGCGCCUCCCGUCUGGCGUAUAGAGGAGGAUGAGAAGGCUCCGGCCGCUUCGUCUUAG